CACCAGACACUACAACUGAAGCAGUCACAACUACUGUACCAGACACUACUACUGAAGCAGUCACUACUACUGCACCAGACACAACUACUGAAGCAUUCACAACUUCUGCACCAGAAACAACUACUGAAGCGACUACAACUCUAGCUCCUGAACCUCGUGAUGCUUGUGGUUCAUUUUCAGGGCUCUACCUUGAUUAUGGAACAAAUGCUGGUGAUGAUACAGCCAUACCCUCGGACGAUAGCUGCGAAUCCAUGGUAACGACACCUUAUGACAUACCGUUCAGAGGGUCAGGCUACAGGAAUGUGUUUAUAUGUCCAAACGGUGUAAUGUGCUUCGGGCGUCGGUUCGAGGGUUAUACAAUCCCUUCCGUCAACCGAGCUGUCAACGCUGGAUUCCAUAGAACGUUUUGCCUCACGCCCUACUUUACCGAUCUUAUUCCUACAAAUAACGGCGAAAUAACGUACCAUGUAUACGACUUCACGGAUGUCGGUACGCAAGUGGACGGGGUGUACGACACAGUGGUUGGUUUGGUCGGUAAUGCGUACAACCUGACGGAUUUCGAUGCCGUGUUUGUGCUCAAGGUCACGUGGGCCAAUGUCACGAAAUACGACGGGACCAAUUCUGAGAGAGCGACGUUCCAGUCAAUCUACGUCACUGACGGCGUGCGUGCGUACGCUUUCUACUCGUAUAAAGACGGCGGAAUGACGUUUAUGUCUGGAAGCCAGUUUAUCGGUCUGAUAGUUGACGGUUACGCUGAAGGGGAGGAUAACACUGCUGACGGAUCCUACCUACGUCAGCCUGACCAGAACCUUAUAUUCAAAAGCUAUUCGUCAGUUGAUUACAUCAACAACCACAUCUGCCGUGGGGCAACAUCUUACGAUCUGAACAUUGAUGAAACAGAGGCCCGACAAAACUACAAGGUCCAGUGCCGCUCCUGGCGCAAAAAGGAGACCUCUCGCCGGCAGUUAUACCUGGCCCGGUAUAUUCGCAUGCCCUGGUGUCCAUGCAAUCUUUGGUGGACGUGGUGGGACCGGCAGUUUAGUCUCAUUGACAGCACGUUUGACGGUGAUAUAAUCAGUGUACCCCUAGUGCAUAGCGCGCGCUACUCGACGCACGGAAAAACUUGCGCGUACGACGUCAACACGUUUCAGUUUAUUCCAACGGGGCUCCACGCGGGUACCUUCCAGCGCUACAACCGUCUGGCGUACCCCCGCGACCAUGCCCUUGAGGACACGCAGUUCCAAGAAAUAUGUUGCCAACGGGCGGGUCUUUGUAACCUCUAUUGGCAAGUCAGACCUCUGUCCUCUCAGUGUUACAGUGCAUUCCCGUUCUCACUGCGAGCUUUUGGCGUCGGUGACCCACACAUAACUACAAUAGACGGGGUUAAGUAUACGUUUAACGGUCACGGUGAAUACGUUCUAACACGCGUCGUGGACGAAGAAAACAAGACAUUUGAGAUCCAGUGCCGUACGUCGCGCGCUACUAGGCCAGACGGUGCUUUCUCACAAGCGACCGUGUUCAGUGGCUUCGCUGUCAAGGGAGACAACGUUUGGUUUCAGGUGGAACUCAACGGAACGGAAGACGGAAUGGCCGUGUAUUUUGGCACAAGUCCGACUGAUUUUGCUGACGUCACUUCCGACUACUACGAUCUGACGUCAAACAUGCGCGUUGAGAUUGGAGAUCUUACGGUCUCGCGAGAUAACAGCGAGAACACUGUCUCCGCGGUGUUUGGUGAUACCGGCAUUAUCUUCAACGUGACAAUGGGCGUCCGGCUGCUGCAGAUGUCCAUAGCUAUGCCCAAUACGCUCAAAGACAGGGGCGCGGUCGGGUUGCUAGGCAACUUCAACGAAAACCAAGGUGACGAGUACAUUCCACGCAACCAGACGACGUCACUGACGAAUCCUACCAACCGCGUGAUAUUCAACGAGUUUGGAAAAACAUGGAUGACAAGUGAACAGGAAUCCAUCUUCAAAUACGACGAUGGUGUCUCGCACGCCGACUUCUCAUUUCCAAAUUUCGAGCCCGAAUAUUUGGAUGAGGUGGAUGCUGCAAACGUGUCGCAGGCCAAUGUGACGUGUAACGGAAACCUGCAGUGCAUGUUUGACCUCAUAUUUACCGGAAAUGAGGCACUGGCGGCGCAGACCGGAAGUACCGAAGACGCGGCGGAAGCAACAAAUACUCAAGCGAGCAACCAGAUCCCAACUAUUAACGCCGAUUUCGGAACGUCAACUAUUAACGACCAGAUUUACGUCUACUCUACCUUAAACCAGCAAACGACGUUCGGCGUUCAGGGUGUCGAUCCGGGAGAUACGUUAAACUACUUGUUUGUGGACAACACGGUUAAUGCAAUGUUUGGACCGCAAAAUCCAGACAGCCCCGUUAACGUCAGCUUUACGUUGACGGAUACUAACCCGGGGAACGUCAGCGUGGCGGUUGUUGAUGCACACAACGUGCGGUCUCCGGAAUUUGACGUGGUGAUCGUUCUGUGUACCGGAUGUAGGGACCAUGGCGCGUGUAACAGUAGUCUGGUACGCGAAGGUGGUACAGACAGUUUCAAAUACGCCACGUGCCUGUGUGAGGUCUACUGGACAGGUGAAGACUGUGAGCUAGACGUUGACGGCUGUGAGACGGACCCGUGUUCAGUGGGGCGUGACUGUUCCGACGUAGCGGCAACCGACCAUAAGGCCAACCCUUCUCUCAAGGCGUACACGUGUUCCCCGUGUCCAGACGGAUACUUAGAUGUGGACGACAAAUGCCUAGAUGUCAACGAGUGUACCACUGCCAACCCGUGCAGCAGCAACUCCGUGUGUGUGAACACAGAAGGCAGCUAUAGAUGUGACUGCAAUGCCGGCUUCCGGUUAUCAUCCACUGAUAGAAACGUCUGCAAUGAUAUUGAUGAGUGUUCGGAAUCUACUUCCGGUUGUGCGCAGAUUUGCACAAACACCGCGGGCGGAUUCAACUGCUCCUGUGUUCCAGGCUAUACUCUGGACGCCGACGAAAAGGCUUGCACUCAGGACGCGGUUCCCGCGGCAGGAUGUAACAUCACCAACUGCUCCCGAGCGGAAGGAUGCACACUGGUAAAUGAUACAGCAACAUGCUUCUGUGCGGCUGGCUACCAGCUUCAACAGGACAACUCCUGUACAGAUAUAAACGAGUGCGAUUCCAACGCAUGCUCACAGGAAUGCGCGAACACAGUCGGCAGUUUUACGUGCAGCUGUUACCCUGGAUACCGUCUAGCAGACGACAAAACCUCGUGUACAGCCUGUACAUUCCCCUCAUAUGGUACGAACUGCGCGCGCACUUGUCAAUGUGGGCGUGGCUCCCUACGCUGUGACCCUGUCAGAGGGUGUGUCUGCAAGGCCGGAUGGACAGGUGUCAACUGUGACACGGACAUUGUCGAGUGUGUAACACCAAAUGUAUGUAAUGACGUCAACAAGGUCUGCACUAAUACGAUUGGUUCAUACACAUGCACGUGUCGUCAAGGCUACACCAAUGAGAAUGGAGUCUGCGUCGACGUCGACGAAUGCGCGUCUGACAUAUUAAACACGUGUCAGCAGACGUGUACGAACAACGUGGGAGGUUUCACGUGCUCUUGUACCAGUGGUUACGUCAUCAACAGUACUGACAUCACAAAAUGUGUUGACUUCGAUGAAUGCACGGCCGGUGUGUCAGGCUGUGAACAGAAAUGCCAAAACAGUGUUGGGAGGUUCAGCUGUGAAUGCUUUUUCGGAUACAGACUUAAUGCGGAUAGAAAGACUUGUAUCGAAGUUGAGAACGUGUGCGCCACUGAGUUUCCUGAUAACGGAUGUAGUCAGAUCUGCCGCGCCGACCUGCAGACACAAACCUACGAGUGCCGCUGUAACACCGGCUUCCAACUGGGAGCUGACCAGAAGACCUGCAUAGACCUGAACGAAUGUACCUCUGCAACACUUAACUUGUGUACCCAGACAUGCCUGAACAAUGAUGGCGGCUACGUUUGUCAGUGUGAGACCGGCUUCAAGUUGGAGAACGACGCGAGGACUUGUGCAAUAUGUGACGCGUACCACUACGGUGAUAACUGCGCACUGGGGUGUAACUGUGGUGUUGGAGCGGAGCGAUGUGAUCAUAAGACUGGAUGUGUAUGCAAGAGCGGCUGGACGGGCGAAAAAUGCGGCGCGGACCAGGAUGAGUGCGCGACCGGAAGUGAUGAUUGUAACGGAAAUAAUGAGAUUUGCGUGAACACCCCGGGCUCCUUCCAAUGUGAAUGUGAAUCCGGAUAUGAGCGUGAUGGUUCGAACAACUGCGUCGAUGUGAACGAAUGUACGGCGGGUACGGGCGAAUGCGCCCAAAGCUGUACGAACACGCCGGGAGGAUAUGCAUGCAGCUGUAACCCAGGUUUCGUUGCCUCCGGAAAUGCUUGCAAUGACAUUAACGAGUGUGAUGGUGUGAACAACUGUAGCCAGGUGUGUGAAAACACCGUCGGCGGGUAUCGUUGCUCGUGUAAACCAGGCUUCGUCCUUGACACCAGCGACAGACGGACGUGCUUAAUUUCUGAAGUAUGCCAAACGAACCCAUGUAAUGCGAACGCCGACUGCGCCGUGGUUGGUGGGGUUGAAACCUGUGUCUGCAAGGCUGGAUUUACCUUUAGCACAAAUUCAAAUACAUCCUGUGAAGACAUUCUUGAGUGUGGCCAAACCACGGCCGUGUGCAGUCAGGGUUGUGCAGAACUUGCCGGAGGGUAUGCGUGUUACUGUGACCAAGACGGAUUCCAACUGGAUGCUGAUCUAAAAACUUGCAUAGAUUGUGAUGCGGGUUAUUGGGGCGGCAACUGUUCUGAGACGUGCACGUGCAUAACUGCAAACAGCAAGGCUUGUAACCGGACAAACGGCAUAUGCACGUGCAAAUCUGGCUGGGAGGGAAGCACAUGCGAAUCGGAUAUCAAUGAGUGCGACAACUCGUCUGUCUGUCCGGACAACUCGCAGUGCCGAAACACGAACGGAUCUUUUGAAUGUAACUGUAACUCCGGAUAUGUCGCCACCGCUGACGGAACUUGCCAGGUAUGUCCACCCUACAGUUGGGGUUUAAACUGCGCCGAAAACUGCACGUGUAACGUGACGAAUACCGCAAAUUGCUCCAACGUAAAUGGCACGUGUGCGUGUAAUACAGGCUGGAGCGGCCCCACGUGCGAUACGGAUGACAAUGAAUGUUCCAAGCCAGAUAUAUGUGAAGACGUGCUCAAAACGUGCACGAACACAGCUGGGUCAUACACAUGUGAUUGUGCUGCCGGUUAUACCAUCAAUAGUGACGGCGUCUGCGUUGAUUUAGACGAGUGUUUGUUGGGAACGGACAACUGUUUACAGAAAUGUACAAAUAUUGCGGGAUCUUUCGAAUGUGGCUGUUUCGCUGGGUUUUCGGGCACCAACAACUCGUGCACACAUUGUGAUGCGGGUUAUUGGGGCGGCAACUGUUCUGAGACGUGCACGUGCAUAACUGCAAACAGCAAGGCUUGUAACCGGACAAACGGCAUAUGCACGUGCAAAUCUGGCUGGGAGGGAAGCACAUGCGAAUCGGAUAUCAAUGAGUGCGACAACUCGUCUGUCUGUCCGGACAACUCGCAGUGCCGAAACACGAACGGAUCUUUUGAAUGUAACUGUAACUCCGGAUAUGUCGCCACCGCUGACGGAACUUGCCAGGUAUGUCCACCCUACAGUUGGGGUUUAAACUGCGCCGAAAACUGCACGUGUAACGUGACGAAUACCGCAAAUUGCUCCAACGUAAAUGGCACGUGUGCGUGUAAUACAGGCUGGAGCGGCCCCACGUGCGAUACGGAUGACAAUGAAUGUUCCAAGCCAGAUAUAUGUGAAGACGUGCUCAAAACGUGCACGAACACAGCUGGGUCAUACACAUGUGAUUGUGCUGCCGGUUAUACCAUCAAUAGUGACGGCGUCUGCGUUGAUGAAGACGAGUGUUUGUUGGGAACGGACAACUGUUUACAGAAAUGUACAAAUAUUGCGGGAUCUUUCGAAUGUGGCUGUUUCGCUGGGUUUUCGGGCACCAACAACUCGUGCACACAGUGCACAAAUAACACGUAUGGCGUGCAAUGUAACAUGACGUGCACGUGCGAGGCUGCCAACAUGGACAGAUGUGAUCCCCUGACCGGAUGUGUGUGUAGCGCCGGCUGGGAGGGCGUCGACUGUGCCACGGACGUCAACGAAUGCGCGCUUAAUACGGAUAACUGUACCCAGGACUCGACGUGCACAAAUACAGACGGGUCUUUCGAGUGUCCCUGUAAUUCAGGAUUCUUCAGCAGCAAUGGACUCUGUGAAGCCUGUACCGGAAACACUUUCGGCGACAACUGCACUAGCUCGUGCGAUUGCGUCGGCAAUAACACAUUUGACACGUCACAGUCAUGUAACCACGUGACCGGAAUUUGCGAAUGUAAUGAGUUCUGGAAUGGUUCCCGGUGCGAGGUAGACAUUGACGAGUGUGCGAUGGAAACGGACACCUGUGUGCAGAAUUGUACAAAUAUUCCGGGUUAUUUCGAAUGUGGCUGUUUCGCCGGGUAUUCAGGCACCAACAACUCGUGCACACCCUGUACCGGAAAUACUUUCGGCGACAACUGCACUAGCUCGUGCAGUUGCGUUCACGAAAACACAAAUGUGACGUCACAGUCGUGUAAUCGCGUGACCGGAAUUUGCGAAUGUAAUGAGUUCUGGAAUGGUUCCCGGUGCGAGGUAGACAUUGACGAGUGUGCGAUGGAAACCAACCCUUGUCCACUAGCGUCAAACAAAUACUGUCACAACACUAAGGGUGGUUUCAACUGUUCCUGUCUGCUGGGAUUUACGGAAGAAGGGGAAGAUUGCGUUGAGACAGCUACCACAACCACUGCAAUACCUGAUAACCAGGACGGUGUUCGAAUCUUCGUGGUAUUACAAGUUGAUGACAACUCCCUUGACGGCCUCAACUUCAACGUUCAGUUAACCUUUAAUGAAUGGGCCGGAUACGUCGCUGAAUCGUUGAAGAACUUCUAUGCUGAGUACAUGGGAGAUAAGAUAGUUAACGUCAUUGUCACCGGCCUUAGACGCGGGAGUCUGGAGAUUAACGCUACAAUAGUGAAGAAGGACAAUACAGACUCCGAUCAGACAUUCGUGGAAGCGACGUCAGCGUUAACGUCAAAUACCAACCUUAUCGUCAACAACAAAACAUACGUCGGGAAAGUGACGGCCAUCGAUGGCACUCAGGUUGACCCCACCAAGGGCCCUGAAGCUCUGAAGUGUGAAAUUUUCCUUCUUGACAAGGGUCAGUGUCCGGAAAAGCAUGAGUGUGUGGUCAUCGACUCCAACCCCAUCUGCCAGCCUGUACAAACGGACGAUAAUCUAUCCCUGAUGUUAGGUCUCGGACUGGGGAUUCCAUUGGGGCUUCUAUCAGCAGUUGUUAUAGUCGUGGCUAUUGUGUACGUCUACCGUACGCGUUGUCGUAAACGAUUGUCCUCGGAUGGCGACUACGACCGAGAGUCAUUUAACCAAGGAUUCUUCCCGCGGACCAUGCCGGUGAGGGUCAACACGUGGGGCCGUCGUGACCCUUUUUCCGGUCCCAAGCGGUGGGAUGACGAAUCAUCCUCUUCGUUCUCCGAAGAUAAAAACCGCCGGGGCCGCCCGAAGGAUUCCGAUAAUAUCCGGACUGAACAGUACAUGUAUGACAAUCAACAGUCCAAUUUCUCGUGGGAUUUCCUGUACAACUACAUUGGUCCAAAUGAAAGUUUUCAUAUACGGCGGCCACAUGCAGAUCCAACACCCCAUCCAGCCUAUACCCAACCAACCCCUUGAAGUCGGCUUUGUUAAACAAUCAAUCAUAGUGCCAAAUCCAAUGUGUGACCAAUAACAAUGACCCGGAAGUACAUGUCACGUGAUUCUAUAAUUUAAAUAACGAUGACGUCAUUGUGUGGACGUUAUGUCAUGGGCUUUCAUAGAAGAUCGUCUUCCGCAUGAUAUCCCUACGUGAUUUUUCUUGACACUUUAGAUUUAUGAACAUAUGUUAAUGACAUACCUACAUAGAUACAUACAUAUAAUUUAUUCAGCAUUGAAUGUUACAACAUUUAUAGCCAUGAGACAUAACAUAUGAAAUAAAUCAUGUACAAAUCAUCGUGAAGAGCAAAUACAUAGCCAAUAGAGAAGUAGAUUAUUUAGUGCCAAAUUGUGCUUAACAUUAUUAAGUUCUCGAUCGUAAUACAAUGCAUGAAAUAAAAAUUUACUAAUAUUUUGCACAGUUCUUCUGUGUCGGUUGACAUAACUGUAAUGAGUUUUUGUUUUGUUGGCCAAUGGCAAAAAUAUGGUUUUAGGUAUUCUUUUCGUAAAUUGUUAUAUUUGGAAUAAACCAAGAGGAAAUGAUGUUCAUUUUCGAGGACAUUCAUGUUGCUAAAUGUACAUAUUAUAUCUUCACACGCUCAAAAAUGUGAUUUAUUGGAAGUUGAUUGUUAAACAUGGCUAUCGAAUGCUUUCAUAUACAAUCAUAAUACUUUAAUUAGAUAAAGAACACACCAAUUAUAUUCAUUAUUAAGUGUUGCAUACGUAUACAGUGAUUAUUUUCAUUUUAAUUGUUAUUGUUAGAUACAUAGUUUUUGUUAGAGAAAUGUUAUGGGAAUAUAAAUGCUCAAUAUAGAGUAGAAUAGUGUAUCUACAAUACAUGUAUAUUAUAUUGUUGCAAUGUGACACGAAGUGUACGAGAGUUAACAUAUCAGUUAAUACACAAUUCCAAUAUAAUGUUUACAGCUUCUAAACUGUGAUAAUUUUAAACAUAUGACAUAAUUAACCAGACCUUUCAGGCUACAUGGCUUACAACAGUCCCGAUUUUUUACUGCAAUUGUCAGAUUCAACUAACGUAUUCCAAUAUUCUCUGAACCUGUCCUAUGGUAUCAGACAAAAUGAAUGAAGAUUUACAAAAACCAUGUACAAGCUAAGAUUGAAAGUCACAGGUGUGCACACAUGACAUGUACCUGUUUUUUACCCUUCAUAUUAGACCUCCUUGGAAAAGAUAACUCGAUGAAUAUAUAGGGGACAUUAUUAAAGGACGCUUUCUGACGACCUGUAUCACGUCUCAUAUAUCCUGCUAACGGAUAUUGUUUUGAAUUAAACUUAAAAUGCAGAAUUUUAUAUAGUAUUGAAGUGAAGUCCUCAACAUACGUAGUAAAAGGUUGAUCUGUUUCUCUUGUACAUUCCGUGUUUUACCAUGACCAAUGUUAAUCAAUGCCUAUUGUCAGGUCAAAGUGUUCGACAUAUAUUUUUACAAUUAUGUGAUAGUGUGAUUACGUUAUAUAGAUUGUUAAAGAUGUUUGUAAUAUGUCAGUUUGUAUACAUUCCAUUGGUUGAACCCGUAAAUAGACAAAUAUUCAGUAUAAAACUGAAAAAAUAGGAUAAUUGUAAAUUAAUUUUGUUUCAUUAAAUGAGAUAUAUAAAUAUAUAUAAAUGUCUUCGACUUUAGCACAAGUACGUGUAUUUUGUUUCAUAAUAAAUAUUCAUUACAGGAAAAUUGUCGACAA